UUAUAAAUAGUAAAGGUUAAUUAGUUAGCUGAGAAAUUGGAUCAGGGGCGGGCAGUUAGAAUUUGAUCCGUAGACAGGUAACAUAAGCAAUCCCCAUUGUCACAGCAAUCAGACCUAUAUAAAUCCUCCUUGACGGACAGCAGUCACCACAUACUGUAGCCGCACCUCUCUGCUGAAUCACCGACCCGGGCAGGAACACCUUGACGCGGAAUAAAAUGUCGCUCUCAUCUGUCCUCUCUGCUGAUGCCAUCGACAAUGCUAUCAAGGACUGCCAAGCUCCGGACUCCUUCUGCCCGAAGAAGUUUUUCCAGCUUUGUGGCCUCUCCAAUAAGAGCCCCACAGAUGUGAAAAAGGUUUUUGGAAUCCUGGACAAUGAUGCCAGCGGUUUUAUUGAGGAGGAAGAGCUCAAGUUUUUCCUCCAGAGGUUCUCUCCGGGGGCUCGCGUCCUGACAGACAAGGAGACCAAGGCCUUCCUGAGCACUGCUGAUGAUGACAGCGAUGGGCGGAUUGGAGCAGAAGAGUUCCAAGCUAUGGUCUUGUCCUAAACAGCUGGACUUCUCUCCAAACCAGAUCUCACCUCCCCUGCCUCCCUCAUACGACCGCUUCAAGGGCUCCCUCUUUCGUCAGCCAUUUUCCAUGUAGUUCGAGGAAACCAUCCCACAGUUCUUCCUUUUUUGUUAGUUUGGUUUAUUUUGCAGGACUUAUUCAGGUUCAACAACAUGUACAUGCUCUUCCUGCUUUUUUUUUUUUUUCAUUUUUAAUAAUGUUUCAGCACAGAUCAUGAAACCAUUUUUGCCCUCAUAAAUGUACACCAAAUUGAUGAAAAAAAUAAAAGAGUGA